AUUUUUGGUACCUGUUACCUAAAAGUAAAAAAAGUUGAGAUACUGUUUUAAAAGUUAAUCGUAAACUAAACAGCAUUAAGGCACCGGUGGAACGUUAUUCUAAAGUGAGCCAAAGGAAGAUAACCACAGAUCAAAGACAAGUCUCGGUAAAACAGAUAUAAAUUUAUGAUGAAGAUCACCAUCCGGCUUGCGUCAUUUCAGGUGUUUGCAGACCACACGAGCAUCAUCAGCGACUGAAAAGGCACAUCAGAGAAAAACUCUCCCAAAAAUUUACCACGUUCAACCAAGGAUUGUAGUAGCCAUGUCUUUAACAGACUUUGAUCUUUCGGAAGUUCAGGCUGCGAGGAAUCGUCGACCGCGGCGUCGCUACAGGAUAAAUUUAUCCCGCCAUGUUUACAACGAGCAAGAGUUCACGGAAUCGUUUAUAAAGCGCGACGAUUAUGUCUCCAGUUCUGAGAUCGACAAUUCGUCGCUCGCAAAAUCUUUUAAGAGACAUUUCUUCCCAACCAGAUGUACUUGUAAAGAUGUUUUACGAUCUUGGUUCCCGAUUGUUGAAUGGUUGCCUACAUAUAAACUUCGGCAAGACAUGGCUCACGACAUAGCAGGCGGUCUAACGGUUGCUAUUAUGCAUAUUCCACAAGGUAAAGGGCCAGUACAUGCUGUUUGAAGGUUGCUUGUGACGGCAACAGUUUGGGAAAGUGACGGGAAUUUCGUGAUGUUUUUGUUUCUCUCUGACUUAUUCUAAUCAUGGCACUGGUCCAGGGGUGGAGAGAGAGAAAGAGAGAGGGGUGGCGGGUAUAGCAUGGCGGAGAAUGAGUGCUGUUAUUAUGAACAAUGCAUUUUAGGACUAUUAUUACUACAUAUAAAACUGUAAAAUACAACUUGAACUUGCAAAAAUUAGUAUUGGAUUGGAUUUUUCUCAUGAUGAGAGGUUUGGAACAUUUUCUUUGCAAAUUGAGGGUACUCAUGGGUAUUAUAUAGUGAGGGAGACCACUGAAACCCUUUUCCAGCCAAAUAAAGGUGUGGAUUGACUCCAAGAAGCAUUUCUCAGAGGAUGACAUGGUGCGCACUGCCCAACCAAGCCAUCUGGAGAUGCCACAGUUGACUGCUCUUCAGUCGACUAAUGAUGAUGAUGAUGAUGAUGAUGAUGAUGAUGAUGGGUAUAUUAGUGUCAGGAAGAUGUGACUGAUUGUUUUACAAAAAAGGUCCUAUUAGGCCAUAAGCAGAUUUAAAGGAAGUAUAAGAGUCCAGAACCCAAUCUAAAAGAAUUCCGUCUUGAAUAAACUUCUUGUAAUAGUCCACCAUUUUUUGAUAAGCAUCGUAACCAUUCUGAGGGUGCAUAGAUAGUAAAAUGAAAGAGAUGUUGUACUUUUCAUUGUAUUUGCUAUGCAAGAUAUAUUCUCAUGGGAUUUUUAUUUUCUUUAUGUUAUAUUUUUUCUUCUAUUUUGCUGUUUCAGGUCUGGCUUAUGCAAUGCUGGCAUCACUCCCUGCUGUGACGGGUCUGUACACAGCAUUUGUUCCUAUUCUUGUUUACAUGGCAAUGGGAACUUCCAGACAUUUAUCACUAGGUAUCUUAAACUAUUUCUUCAAGUACCCUUCAAGCUUUAACAUCAUCGGCGUAUUGUCUGUUCUCUAACGUUAACUAACAAAGGGUUGUCAAAGGCUACAUCUCUUUCAAAACAGUGAACUGUUCCUUAGAACUAAGCAACACUGCUCAUAACGAGAUGCAAGAUUUUUACUAGUUAGACUAGUGUCUGAGGGUAAGCCAAUGAUAAAUACUGUACCACUAAAUUGAGUAAGCACUUGAGGUACUUCAUGAGAUAUGUAGGAGAAAAGUUAUUUUCACCAGCCAUACAGAACAAGUAAUACAAUCAUUAGUAACUAUUCUAACAAUAAUAUAAACAAGAAUUGCUAUUGUAUCAGUAAUUUCUUAACUGUGAUAGUGAUUUAACCUACUACAAGUAAAAACUCCACCGAGCACAAACACUGUCCUGAUGUUGCAUUACAUGUUGCUGAUUUAAGGCGGCAUGCUCCAUUUUGCUAUAUUGAGUUGUAAAUUUGUCUAAGUUUUAAGUCAAUAUUAAUAAGGGCUCAAAGAAUGAAAGGGCAUUGGGUUGUUUCAGAAAAUAUCUAUACAGGUUAUUAGUGGAGUGGGAGGGUGCAGAGGGUCAUGGAUUUAAAUAAGCAUAUUUUUCUGUUGACACCUUUCUUGCAGGCACCUUUGCUGUUGUAUGCUUGAUGGUAGGACAUGUCGUGGAAAGAGAAGUGGAGCAGUCAAUAUCACCCUCUGCUGCCCCAUCCCAAAGCACUACACAACUGCCAAAUACAUCAUCAGGAGCUGGUCUCUUGCUUAAUUCAAUUUACAAACAGGAAUCAAAUAACUCUUUUCCAAGUCAGCAGGAUUUGUUGGAUGAAAAGAAGCUGGAAGUUGCUGUGGCUCUUUCAAUGCUUGUUGGUAUUUUUCAGGUUGGUAGUGAUAAUCAAGCAGCUGCCUUUCCAUCAUUUUGCACUGACACAUCUAAACUGUGAGCCUCUCCAUUUGGCACCAGCCUGCAGUACAAGUUUGUGACAGUUGAGGAAGGUGUAACAUUUAACGUGUCUCUGGUGGGAUUCGAAUCCAUGACAAAGACUGUACUAGAUGCAAACUUUAUCUCAUGGGGCCUGAGCACAGGCUCUCAUAGAGAGCAAGGCCACUUCACUAGUGCCGCAAUAAAUAUUAUUAUUACAUUCCAGUUAUGAAGGUCCGAGCCUCAAAUGUUUGGACACUGGAAAUGGCAAUUUGCAGUGGAACCUUGAUAUAACAAAGGGACUGGCAAAAUUUGUUUGCUAUAACGAGGUUUUGUCAUAUUGAGAUUCUUUUCCGUAUGUUUCACUAUCUCUGGGGUAAUGAAAAUUGAUCAGUAUAGGAAGGACUUUGUUAAGUAGAGUUCGUUAUAUUAAGGUUCUACUGUCGCUAAAUAAAUUGUACUGUAAUGUAUUUAUCAACAGGUAAUUUUAUUUUCUUUUUAACAGUUUGUAAUGGGUCUUCUUAAGCUUGGAUUUGUGGCUGUUUACCUGUCAGAUCCUAUUAUUAGCGGUUUCACUACUGGCGCUGCAAUUUUGGUAUUUACGAGUCAAGUGAAACAUCUUCUUGGAAUUACUGUUCCACGAUAUUCAGGGGCAUUCGCUGUUGUUAAGGUUUGAAUCAAUGUACUCUUUUUAUGCUUUACCUAGCAGUAAGAUACAUUUUUUUUAUUUAAUAUGUACAACAGCUUACAACAGCUUAUUUGUCUUUUGCAGACGUACGUAUUUAUGUUUAAGAACAUUACACUAUCUGUACCUGGAGCCGUUGUGACUGGAAUAAUCUGCAUUCUUCUCCUGUUUUUACUCAAGUUCAUUAGCGAGAAAUUGAAGGAUAAAAUGAAAUUUCCUUUACCAGCUGAAUUAAUUGUGGUAAGUAAAAAUAAUUUGUCUUAGAUGCUGGGGUCACUGCCUAAUGUCUACUUUCAGUAUUGUCUUGUUCAGGUUUAGAGAAUGUUGUUGUAUUUGUUUAUUAGUCUAAAGGACAUAUCUGUGUAAAAAUUUAUACAAACUGUAAUGUAAUAGUAAGCUUGAAAAUAGUGUCUGUGUUGAUGUCACUUUAUUAUCCAUUGUAGAAAUAUUAUUUCAGUGAUGCAGGAUUAUUGGUGCUUUCUGUCGAAACUUCUAAGUAUGAUUCUUACAUUGGUCUCCAUACUUUCACUUGUGAUUCAAUGAUAAUUUUUGUUAGUAGUUGAAUACUUACUUGUUAGAUAGAGAUGCCAUUAUUUGUUACUACCUGUCCUUUUAUUUUGUUUUAUGUUUGCAGGUUGUCCUUGGAACAAUGAUUUCAUAUUUGGUUGGUCUGAAUAAAAAGUUUCAAGUGCCAAUUCUAGGGAACAUUCCCAAGGGGUAAGUGUUAUUUUUUUUGUUUGUUUUCAGUUUUCUUAUUUACAGAGGAAAGGACUGUUAAAUAAAAAGAAUUUGGUUUGGUUUUAUAUCUCAUUUUGUGCUCUAAAAUAUUGUUUCUGUCCAACAAAUAGCUUAUUAUAAGAAGAGUAAAUUACAACUAAGUGUGUUUAAAAAAAUGUUAUUAAAAUUUUCGCCAUUAAAAUACAAGUGAUGGUUCCAGAUAACAUGUUUUGUUAAUUAGCCCAUUUUUGUGUACUGAUUCGUGAUUUUUUUUGUUCUCCACAGUUUACGAGUCCCAUCUGCCCCAUCUGCCUCAUUGUUCACGAGUAUGAUCCUUGAUGCUGUUGUAAUAGCUAUCGUUAUAUUUGCCACAAAUGUUUCAUUGGCCAAAGUAUUUGCCAAGCGGAACAGUUAUGUUGUUGAUUCUAAUCAGGUAACUAUGCAGAAGUGAUUGGCAUGUAACUUAUAACAUUCAAUACUUUGUCCAACAGAUAUGUAAUGAGAAUAGGUCAAUUUAAAUCAGCCAAUGGAUGCUAUAUUGAUUUAGUAAAAUCCAACUUGUGGUUAUUAUCAAUGCUGCAUUCUGAUUGGUUGAGGUACUACUAAUUUAAAUCCCACUAGUAGUGCCAAUGCAAAAAGGCUAAAGUAUUGAUAGCUAAAGUUGUUUUGUCUUGAUAUUUUUGACCAAAUUGUUUUACUAAAAAAUUAUUCCAAUGCACAAUGAAAUGGGCAUUGCAGCCAGGAAUAAGAAUUCUCAAAACCAAUAUUUAAAAGAAAUGAGAAUUACUAAUCAGAUCUUGGGAUCGAGUCAAAGGGUUAAUAAUGUUAUUAUUUUAUUGAAACAUAAAAGACCAGCAACUGAGAAAAUGUUUCUGCCUUUCUUGUAAAGAAAAUUCAGCACUGAAACAAAGCAUGUCAAUAUGGGAAUUAUAUGCAGGUGAAUAACCAUCAGCAUAUCAAUGUAUGUGUGUCAUUGAAGCUGAACCUCAGUGAUACCCCAUACAUAAUCAGAUUUUCUCUUUUUCCUUUCAAAGUGGUCUGUGAGGUUUCUUCUUUCCUUCAGAAAACUAAAAUUCCAGUUUGGUCUGGAAUCUGCAGGGAAUGAAUUUGUGUGAAUUUCAGAUGGGCCUCUCAUUAGAUGUUGAUAGAAAGUUAUAUCUGAUUCACUGUGUAUUUUUUUGCCUCAAAGGAGCUUAUUGCCUGUGGGUCUGCAAAUAUCCUUGGUUCCUUUUUUUCCUGUUUUCCUGUUAGUGGUUCACUUUCUAGAUCUGUCAUUCAAGAAAGUAUAGCACGGACACAGGUAUUUGAAAAUAAUAAAUUGUGCUAUGAGCAAAGUUUACCCGUCAUGCAGCUUCUUUUUUUAAAUUUGCACUUCUUAUUUAUUUUGUUUUUCAGCUCUGCACCAUUCCUGUUGUUAUUGUUAUUAUUCUGGUGUUGCUUUUUAUAGCUCCUCUUUUUUAUCACUUGCCUAAGGUUAGUAAAAGGCAAUGCUUAUGAGUAUACAAUUUCACAAAAAUUUCAUCUUCAUCUUUCCCAGGGAUAUUACGUACCAAUUUGAUGUCCAGCUUGCAGUUGGCUAAUGCUAGCUCAAACCCUUCACUGGUAUCGGAGAGGUCAAGUUUCAAAUCUCAGCAAGCCUGAAUUUUCUUGGGUUUUCUUUUUCACAGUUGCAUAAGUUGUGUCCUUAACUGUGAUGAUCUUCUUUGCAUUUAAAGGCAAUGUUUUAUAUUGUUGAUUUAAGGCAGUAGCAAUCAACAGCUGCAAUAAUUUAUUACUAUCAUGUGAGUGAUAAUCAGAUACUAGUUGUUAUCCUUCUUAAGGUCCUGUGACCUUAAUGUAUCAGUUUUUAAUGUAAUUAAUUGAGUAGAGUUAUUUCAUAAUAUACUCUUAAAUCACCCGCUGUAGGUGAGAGAGUCUGUGACAUGUACAGAGACUCAUAAGCAAGUCAUUUAUAUUAUUUUAGACUCCAAUAUUCUAACAACUCUUAGUAAGAGUGCCUACACAUAAAAGCUGUUAUAAGAAACAUUCACAUUGUUAAUACUGUUCGCUGCAUUUCACUCUAGGCUAUACUAGCUGCUGUGGUUGUUGUUGCACUCAAAGGCUUGUUCUGUCAAUUUACCAGGCUGGUGCAACUCUGGAAAAUUUGUAAACUAGAUGCUGUAAGUUAAAUUAAAAUUAAAUUUGAAAAAAAAUAAAUUAAUUUUAAAAGUUCCCCUAAUAGUAUCACAAUCCAUUAGCAGUGAGCAAGCCCCAGUCUGAAUCACUUUGGGCCAUUGGGAGGUAUUUUACACAAUGAGAGUUGACACAUGGGCCAGAAGGAGUCAACAACCCCUGGAGAAUGUUAUCAUCCCUCAUGACAGUCAUCACCUCUAUCUGAGGUCAGCAACCCCAGCUAGGAGCCAUUAGCCCAAAGAAGUCACUAUGGCUUUUAAGAAGCUAGCAUUGGAACUGUGUGGCACAGCUGUAACUCCACCUGUGGGAUGCAUUCCCCCCCUUACCCAUUUUACUAGGGGUAAGUGAUUUCCCCUGGGGAUCCAGGCACCCAUUGGCAGAAUGACUCCCAUUAUGGUGCUGGGUAUCACUGUAUCAAGCUGCCAGCAGAUGUUUUACAGAUCACAUUCCACAAUCAAAAUACAGCUCAUCUUGCGACAAAUUUCCUCGCUCUACAUGACUACUGUCUAAAUUGUGUUUCAGACCAAAAGGGGAACUGUGGGACCACUUGGGAACCAUUUUUGAGUACCUCCUCCAUUCAAUGUUAGUUGGAACUAACACCUUUCUUGUGUAAAACAUGGAUUUUAUAGAACCAUAAUUAUUUAUUUUCUUUUUGAAGGUUGUCUGGUUUGCAGCAUGGCUGGGAGUUGUCCUACUUGGAAUUGAUGUUGGUUUGGGAGUGGGAGUAGUUAUUGCACUUGCAGUGGUAUUGUACAAGUCCUCAAGGUUUGUUGUAGUUUUUUUUUUAACAAUUUGCAAGUCAAAUGAAUUACAGGACAACUUUUAACUUGCACAUGUAACUUCAUAUCUAAUCUUGUACUUCAAAAUCUUUAGGCCACCAGCAACACUUCUUGGCCAAAUUCCCAACACAGGAAUUUACAGAGAUCUACAAAGAAUUCCUUCCGUAAGUAGAGUAAUCAUACUAAUUUGUGAAGUAGCGAUACAAAGUGAAACAGUAGUUAUUUCUAGUCUUCUUCCUGUGCUCCUUGUAGGAAGUAAUGAGUCAACCAUUGCAUUGUCUCUGUAACUUGAAAUUUAGUCUCUUUCAAAAGAUAAGUGUGUACACUGCAACUAAAUUUCUUGCUGAAAAUUAUAUACUAAUAAAAAUUAUUGUUACUGUGCUUGGAACAUUAAACAGUAGAAGUAGCCUGCAGGAGCAGACACCUUUUCCAGCACUUGAUUUACUCACCAAGAAAGUUGUUUUUUAGCAAGUUAGCUCUCAGACUAUGCCUGAUAUUACGUCAGAGAGGAUUCUACAUUAUAGCUGUCACAUUGUUGAAACAGUUGUCACUUUUAUAAAGUAAUGUCCUCCCCAAUGUUGAUCCAUUUUUCACCCACUGGUAAAAAUGCUAAUAUCAACACUUGAAAGAGACAGAAGGAGGACACAGAGAGAAAUGAAAAUAUAUUGGUUGAGAAAGUUUGACUUGAAAAAUCAUCAGCUUUCAUUUAGUUUUUUUUUUUCAAUAAAAUUUGAGCCUAUUGUACUCAAAAGUGUAUCAUUUGGAAUCAAAGGUUGUCAAGUUUCCAGUCACUCCUUCAAAUUAUUGUUGAUAUUUUUUUUUGUUGCAGGCAAGGCCAGUUCCUGGUGUGAAGAUAUUUCGGUUUGAGUCAACAAUUUUUUAUGCGAAUGCUGAGUAUUUCCGCAGCACUUUAAUAGAACUUACUGGCGUUGAUCCACAGAAUCCUCAUCAGCACUGUAGCAUCGGCAGUGGAAGUUCUGUUCACUAUCGAUGCAGUCCAGAAAGUCCUUCCAUUGAGAUAACGAGACCGAUUUUUCCUGGUUCUACUGUGGUAGCGCACACAGCAUGGGAGAAUGGGGUACUGUAAUAUCUUGUUCCUUUUUGAGAAAACAAUGAGUAAUUAUUGCAAGACUAGUGAAGUCUUCUGUGGGGGGAUAUGCAUGUCCCCAUUCUGAAUUUCAAUACCCUUCAUUUUUCUUAGUGAAGAGCAAGCCAUGUCCUUGUUACUCUAUUACUAUUAAAAAAAAUUGUAUUUGUGCUUUUCUUUAUCAUUGUUAUAGUUUCAAUCCGUCUUUAUGUCAUUAACCCUUUAAGUCCCAAUAGUGACCAAGAUCAAUUUUCUCCUAACAAUAUCCAUACACUGUCAAGAGAUAUGUUAUGAGAAUUAAUAAAAUGAUCACCUGAGAGAAAAUGCCUUGAUCUAUCAUCAAAUUCUCUCAACUAAUUCCUUAAGGAAAUGUAUGGAGACCAGUUUGGAGAAUUUGUAUGUGGAUACUGGGGCUAAAAGAGUUAAUUGUUGCCAUUAAUUUUCGUCUGUGUUACAUGUAUGUCACUGUUACAAGGGCAUGUUGUAAUGGUACAAUAAAAAAUUAUAAAUUCCCACCUUUUGCAAGUUAAGUUACUCAAGAGGUUGCAGUGCAUGUUCUUUCUGCUAAUGUGUAACAUUGACAUAAUUUCCGCUGUGAAAGAGAUUACACACCAAGGAAGAAAUUGUUGAGAAAUAUGACUUUUUUGAAUGUAGCAGAUAAUAGAUGCAGUUAAGCUUGGAACAUGAUUGGCUGAAAGAUGACUUAUUACAGACACAUUUCUGGUCUUGUCAAGCAUAUGGGUGGAAACUGACUUAAACUCUCUCGAAAGACAUAGCAGUUUUCCCAAAGUAAACGUCAGCAUUAUUAAUUUUUUGUCUAAAGCAAAAAUUUAAUUUUGACUUGCAUAUUCCAGAGAAAAUUUGGCCAGUAUUUUGAAGGAGACUUUGGUUUGUUAGCUUGUUAUUUUUUUUUUUUUAAUUUCAGGAUGUAGAGCUGCCCUUAUGUGACAGUGAAAACAAUGAUAAUAAUUCUGCAGAGAAUUCUUUUCCAGUUCAUGCCAUAGUUAUUGAUGCCAGCACCUUUAAUUUCAUUGAUACUCAAGCAGUAAGCACACUGUUACAGGUGAGGCUUGGAGAUGUGACAUAAACUGCAUACACAUAUUAGGUUAACAUAAUAAUUUUUAGCUUCAGGCAAAGGUUAUUUAACUUUAUGGUAAAAUUGUCUCUUGCCUUUCAUCGUUAGUUGGAAAAAUAAAUGAAAUUUCUGUGUACAGUCUACGUCCUCCUCUUUUCGGGCAGUACUGCAUGUCCAAUAACAAACAUGUGUAUAAUUUUAAAUACAAAAGUCAGUGUAAGUUAUGAUGAUUAAUAUUAGUGCAUGUUCUCUCUAGCUUGGUGUGGAGUAUGAAAGGAUUGGGGUGAAAUUCUACUUGGCACACUGCAGAUGUAAGUUUUGAUCUACAUUAUAAUUAUUCUUUUUAGAAGACUUCUAUCUAAAAAAUAUUUUGAAGGAGUGCAAAAACCCAAAAUUGCUGCCCACAAAAGUUUCUUAUACUCCAGGGCUCCCCACCCUUUAGCUCAGCAGUGAUGGCUGGUAAGGCAGAAAAUAUGCAGUGCAAUUUCCAGCGAGGGGAAGGGGGGUUAGUAGAGUGAGGGACAUGGCCUCACUUCUUGCUGGGAAAUUUAGGAGCUAAGUUCUCUGAAAGUCAUUCCAAGACCUUAGGUAAAUCGGCCGUUGUUAUCUUUAGACAACAAUUUAAAAUAUUUAAUUCCAAAAAAUUUACUCUGUCUUCAAUGUUCUCUUUCUAAAAUGCAUGGACCUCUUUGAUGAAGGAGAUCCUGGUGGUUCAAUUCUCGUAAGCGACCAGUAAAUAUUUGCAUUUUUUGGGUGGUCACUUAGGUGAGAUUUUACUGUAUUUAAUAGAUAAUUUGUAUUAAUGGUUUGUGUCUCAGUCAGGGGCUAUACUUAGAUAGUUUAUCUUCCAGUCAGUUGAGUGGCAAGCUGUAGGGGCAGCACAGUGAGACUGAUUGAAGUCAACGAGAAAAAAAUUCUCAUUUUAUUUUAAUUUGCCAGGUAUUGGUCACAACCCAGUGCUUAGCGGGGAUGGGUACGUGCAGGGACCUAGGUCCCAUGCGAGGCAACUCCCCUACCCAGUCCAACAAAGCAUGAUCAUUAGACACUAGGAGAGGUUACUGCCCAGAAACUGUUAGAUCAGUUCUUUUAUGUUUUGCAAGGGUCAGAUCAGUGAACAUGUUGUGACAUGGGGUGGCAGUUUCUUAUCCACGAAGACUAGAAAUUCUAACUAUUUGCAGAUGUCAGAGCACUGCAAAGACAGCACUUUCUGCUUGGUUACAUUUUAAGACCUUGAUUGUUGGUCUGGCCAGGAAUUGAACCCAGGGUCUGUUUAACCCAACUAAUUGAACUAAAGCGACGAUGCAAUGAACUGGCUGGGGAAAAGGGCAAUAGUCUUUAGAGGAUGGUAUCAAACCUAGAGCAACUACCUCUCUGAUAGGCAACAGCUUUGUAAUCAUGUGAUGUUAUUUAAUAUUCCUCCAGUACUCAGGCAUGAAACAUUAGUUUUAAAUGUUACUUUUCUUGUUACUCUUCAGACCACAUUCGUGAAAUGCUAGAGAAAGCUGGCUUCAUAGCUAGAAUAGGAACAGAGCAUUUAUUUGUAUCUGUCCAUGAUGCUGUCAUACACGCUGUCGGCAUUCAUUCUGAGGUGAGGACAGUGGAUUGUUUCUCCAUCACACUCUGCUGUUCCAGAAACUACUCCCCUAGGGACUGUAAUUUGAGCCAAGACCCACCCACCCCUCCCCCUUCCUGAGACACAUGAACACACCCAUCUGAAAAAUCCAUCCUAGGCUCUUGUUUUCCUUUUGGUUUCCACUAGGGAGCUUAAGUGAAGACAUUUUUUAGCAGUGCAUGUCAAUCAGAAGUAGACUUUUUGCAUCAUUGGGCAGCAGUUUUGCCCAAGUUUUAGGGAAAAUCCUGUCUUAAGAGUAAAGAUACUUAGCAAUACAAAUUUGCUAGCGUCAAGGGGUGUUUUAAAAUGGAAAAGGCAUCACUUCCUGUUGCCUUAUGUGUCAUUCAAAACCGUCUGUGUUUAGGGACCCUGGUUAUGGAUAUUUUCUGGCCCCAUGCAAUGUGUAAUUUAUAGCAGCUACUUUAUUCUGUUUUUUUUUUUUUGGUGGUAUUGUAGGAUAACUCUCAUUCCUCCCCAGUGAUGAGUGACACUGAGUCAGCAAACAUGGCAGUAGAAGCUGGAUCCUGAAAUCCAUCGGUUUGUAAAUGUUGCUGAGGCAUUAUUUUUUCUUUCUAUCAGUUGAAGUACUGUAAACUGCUGUUUAAGCACUGGGCUCAUAAAUCUUUGUAAGGGGUUUUAGGAAGGCAUAUAAAAGGAUGGGCGUGUAUCCAGGGAGCCUUAUCAGCAAUAUAGAAAAAGUGCUUCAAAAUAAUCUGUAGCAGUGCUGAUCAAAAUACAUUUUUGUGUUUGCUGGUUUUUAGUGAGGUUUCAAACUGUCCUAAUAAUCAAGUUAAUUUCAAUACGAGCCAGAGGGGGGCUUAUAAUCAGGGCCCAGCUGUUUGAAGGCCGCUUAGGGCUAACCCAGGGUUAAAUUUUAACCCAGGUUUCUUUUUCUUUUGUUCAAAAGAAUUUUUCCAGAUUAUUUUCGCUAUUCUUUUUAGGCCAUCCAAUCAUUAAACUGUAGACAAAAAGAAUAAAACUGAUUUUGCUUUUUAAGCUUUGAAAUCAAAUUUUGUAUUAACCCUGGGUUAUCUUAAUCCUGCUUUCAACAACCCGGCCCUGAUGUAUUUUGGGUCGAUAACUGGAGAUGCUUAUAGUAAGAGGCUCAUGUGUGGGGGGCGGGGUCAUAAGUGGGGUAGCUUAUAAGUAGGGGGAGCUUGUAAGUGGGGGGCUUCUAAGUAGGGGGGCUUAUAAGUGGGGGAAGGGGGCGUAUAAGUGGCAAAAUUGAUUUUCCUUAUACAAAUGUACGAGUUUUGGGUGGCUUGCAACUAAAUAAUAGAGCAAGAGCUUUUAAAUUUUAAAAGAAAGGGAAAUUGAGGUAACCAUAGAGGUUUCAGUGACAAAUAUAUCUGUUUACUUUUAUAAUAUUUAGACUAUGUUUUUAUUUUCCUUUAGGUUGAAGACUAGUGGGAAUGUAGACAAUGUCAAUCAGAAAAGCAUGCCAUAUCAGCCAUUAUCACACUACAAUCAAGGCUUUGAUUACCAUCGUAGCGAUUAAUAAAGUUCCACAACCAGACAGCUUUGCUGCUAAAGAAGAAAAUAGAACCUGUAAGCGAGAAAAGUUGAAGACAUUAAAGAAUGGGCGUCAUCUUGUCUAAAUUCCCACUUGCUGUAAAAGUAGAAGAUUAGUACAGCUGUAACAUAGUGGAAGCCAUACAAUCAUGCUGAACAUAAGCUGAAAGAUUUGUGAUAAUUUAAGUUAUGGUGAUUUAAACAAGAAAACUUUUCAUGAAAAUGAUAACUGUGGAUGUCGGUUUUAAAACUUUUGAAAAUUUUGUGAAGCAGCUGGCAUUGGAUUAGCCAAGGGGAAUGCCUGAACUUUCUCCUUGUGAAAGUUUUUCAUGAGAGCAGCCCUUACAAGCCCAAAAUUCUGAACUCAGGAUAAUCAACAAUAACUUAAAGUCAACGUGAAUUUGUCAUUGGUUGGUUGGUAGUAUAAGCCAAACCAAAAAAGUUAUGGUGGGGGCGGGGGGAGAGAAGAUCUUGGAGACUUGAAGAAUCACUCUUUCUGUUGUAAGAAUAAUUUGGGUAGACCGCCUCUAAAACAAAAAAUUUAGAGGACAUGAAGUUGUCAAAAUUGGAUUUGAGAAAACGUGAUCCUUCAACCUGCAGGGCUGUGACUAAGGGUUGAGAUUUUCUCUGGCUACUUCGAGAAGAGACAAAAUAGAAUAUAAAGAACAUUGCUGCUAGCCAUUCAGUUUCUCACUACUAAAUGCAUAUACCCGGAAACUUGAAAGCUUAGUGACAGCCCUGCUUACACACAAGGCAAACUUCUCCCUCACCCUUGUACCCAUAGCUUUUUUAGAAAUAUUGCUUCAGAAUUAUUAUUUAUACAGCACAUAUGUAAAUCUUUAAAACAAUUAUAUAUUUUCAAGUAAAACAUGUGACAAAUAAGUAGUAUUUGUAAAAUAAAAACAGUAUUUUUGCUAAAGCACCGUGAAAGAUUUUUACCAUUGAUUUUAGGCUAAAAAAAUGUUGUGUGAGGAAAUAAAAAAUGAUAUCACUUACCAUCAAGUGAGUAUUGAUACACCCUAACUACAGUGUUAACAACAGAAACCGACUACUUAUAAUAUUGAUAUCUGUACAUAUUUCGCCAAACAUCAUUUCUCUGACAGUUUUGACUAUAAAAAUAGGAAAUUUUAUGUUUCGUGCCAAAAACACAACCCUUUAGAAAAAACCCAAAUUGGCUACCAUUUAAAUUUGAAUAAUUCCAGGUGCCCUU